AUGCCUUACCCUAUACAACUAGGCUUCCAAGAUGCUGCAUCCCCUAUUAUAGAAGAACUAGUAUACUUUCAUGAUCAUACAUUAAUAAUCGUAUUCCUCAUUAGCUCACUAAUCUUAUAUACAAUUAUACUUAUACUAACCACAAAACUUACCCACACAAACACUAUUAAUGCCCAAGAAGUAGAAACCAUAUGAACCAUUAUUCCCGCUGUAAUCCUAGUAUUUAUUGCAUUACCAUCCUUACGAAUUCUAUACAUAAUAGAUGAAAUCCAUAACCCCUACCUAACAGUAAAAGCCAUUGGCCACCAAUGAUAUUGAAGCUAUGAAUAUACUGACUAUGAAGAUCUAACAUUUGACUCAUAUAUAAUCCCAACCCAAGAUCUAUCCCCAGGCCAAUUUCGACUACUAGAAACAGAUAAUCGAAUAGUACUACCAAUAGAUCUUCCAAUCCGAGUACUAAUCUCAUCUGAAGAUGUACUCCACGCUUGAACCCUUCCAUCCUUAGGAGUAAAAGCAGAUGCCAUCCCAGGCCGAUUAAAUCAAAUUACUCUCACAUCCACUCGUCCAGGAGUAUUUUAUGGACAAUGCUCAGAAAUUUGUGGUUCAAACCAUAGUUUCAUACCAAUUGUACUUGAAAUAACUACACUAAAAUAUUUCGAAAAAUGAUCUUCCACAAUACUAU